AUUCCAGAAUGAUUCUUUAUACUCGUUUCGUUCCUUCUUGAAGUGUGAAUGAGAAAACCGAAAACCAUGUAAAUAUUAUGAUAAACUAAUAUUUACUAUUAAGAGUCCUCCCAGCAUUUCACGCGAAAGUCCUCGAAAUGCAAAUCCGGAAAUUGCAUUUGGCCACAAAAUGGUUUGGAAAAAUUGUUCCUAGUAAUCUUAAAGGAAAAAAGAAAAGCUCACAGGAAUGGCUCACACGUCAACUAAACGAUCCUUAUGUAGAACGCGCAAAAAUUAUGAAUUACAGAUGCCGUAGUGCCUUCAAAUUAUUAGAAAUUGAUCAAAAGUACUCGCUCAUACAACCCGGUUCCACAGUUAUUGAUUGUGGUGCUGCUCCAGGAUCGUGGUCUCAGUUGGCUGUAAAGCACUCUAAUGCCGAUGGAAGUAAACAUGGCAUGCCGAAGGGAAUGGUUAUAGGGAUCGACUUACUACAGAUAUAUCCCAUUGAGCACGCCACACUGCUCGGGAAUUCGGAUUUCACAAAGCCAGAGACCCAGAAUAAAAUCCGUUCUCUACUGGGUGAACGACGCAUUGAUUGUGUGCUUUCGGAUAUGGCACCGAACGCAACCGGUGUGCGCUCACUGGAUCAGGAAAAUAUCAUCACCUUGUGCUACGCGGUGCUUCGAUUUGCAAUUCUCAUGUCGUCAUCGAAAGCGUCGCUACUGAUGAAAGUUUGGGACAAUAGCGAGGUGGUUACACUGGAGAAAAACAUGCAAAAGUACUACACACAUGUAAAACGCAUCAAACCAAAGGCUAGUCGUGACGAUUCGGCGGAAAAUUUCCUGCUGGGCCGAGGAUUUGUCGGUAUCGAACGAUAGCAUGAUACGAGAGGUUCGUUUGUCGCUGGGUGAUUGCCGUGAAUUGAACGUUUUUCGUUUAAUAGAAUAAUGUAC